AUUGAACAUUCCUUCCAUCGACGUCGACAACGAGCAACGAGCAGCGAGCAGCAUCGACAGGGAUCUCAUACUCCUGGACAGUGGACAUUGACCUGCUUCACUGCUCAGAAAGCUCGGUCAUCCCUCCCAUUUGCACCAACCCCCAUCACACACCAGCUAGCUGACGAGACUGGACGAGCGUUGAAUAAUCAUUCCAUCCCCCCCUUCAGCCGCUCGUCUCGAGCUCAGUGAUUCGAACCUACAAGUCAGAACUCCUCUACUAUCUCGCUCUGAGAUAGAGUAUGAGUGACGACGAGAUGUUCGAAGAUGGAUCUUCAGGCUGGUCGUCCUACUCCUCAGGCUAUUACCCCUAUUACCGACCUAGAUCACCGUCCAAUCCACCUGUCCCUCCUGAUCCCAUCGAUUCGUACAAUGUGAAGUUCAUCGAGGGCAGUGGAUCCAGAGGCAAAUGCAUCGACCUCGCGUUCGUCCUUGAUUGCACGGGGUCCAUGCAAAAAUACAUCAACUCCGUCCGAGAUCACAUUAUUGGAAUUUGUGACCUCAUCAGAGGGGAAGAAGGUCUCAAUGGACCAGAAGAUCUACGUAUAGCGGUCGUCAACUACCGUGAUCACCCACCUCAGGACGCAACUUACGUGUACAAAUUCAAUCCCUUCACGGCCGAUGUAUCGUCUGUACAAGACUAUCUGCGAGGUCUGACAGCUGGAGGUGGUGGCGACGGGCCUGAAGCAGUCACGGCUGGGCUGGCGGCAACGCUGACGGAGCUAGAAUGGAGACAGUCCGCGUCAAAGAUGGUCGUGCUCAUUGCGGAUGCUCCACCUCAUGGGAUCGGAGAGUAUGGCGAUCAAAUCAAGAUCGGAGAUCCUGACGGUCAUGACCCUUUGGUCAUUGCGAGGACGAUGGCUCAGAACGGUAUUACUUUGUUCAUGGUAGCGUGCGAGGAGACCUUGUCAGGCUAUGGUCGCGCCGUGGAUUUCUUCACUGCCAUUUGCAACAUGACGUCAGGUGUCAUGCUACCUCUGACGACCGCGGACCUGCUGGCUAUGACGAUCGUGGGCAGUGUUCUGGAGAAUAUGGACAUGGAACGGUUGAUCCAAGAGAUCGGCCAGGAAGUUGCUCAGCGAGUGAGGCAGAAGGGCGAAACUAUGCAGAGUGUGGAGGAGGUUGCCCAGGAGCUACACGAGCGUCUCCUUCUGCGCAAUGAGCAAACCAAGCAAAUUCAACUACCCGACGUCUAUAUCCAGACCGAUGACUCAAAGAAGAACGUUUCGACAUGGAUGAAUGGCAAAUACAUCAGAGAUGUGGCGAAAGACAUCAUCGAGAUCAAGGGAAAGCGACUCACCGAUGGCUUCAGAAAGACCAACGCAGAUUCCGGCUACAAAUACGUGCCCGGCGGUCGAUUACCUCCCCGUCGGACCUCUGCAUCCGCCGCGACCUUUGGCGCUCCUCCCACCCCGUCGUCACCGGGUGAUCGCGCUGGCCUCGCUACUCCUCCCGCCCCGGGCUCCCCACCUCAAGCGUCCUCCCCUUCUCGUAGGGUCGUGAGCGAUUUCAAGCCGUUUGGUGCAUCGUCGUUUGGUUCUGGGACUUCACCCCUCAGCGUUUUUGGAGCUCCCAUGCUGGCGACUGGACCUGGUGGAGGCAUGUUUGGAUCGGCUGGGAGAGCUCCGGCAAUGAAUAGUGGCAGGACCACCUUCAGAGGAUCUAGGGACGAAGAGGACGAUGAUGAUGACGAUGAUGACGGACCAUCCUUCAAGCGUGAUGCCAUCUCUUUAGACCAGGCUCGACGAAUCGCAACUCAAUCAGUGUUCCGAGCUGGACGACUGGGCUAGGAACAUAAGAUAAUUCUCCGUCACGCUCUAGAUUUACGACCUACGCACUCCAAGCUACGAUCUUGUCACGCCAAAAGGCAACAACACCACAUUCUAAAGACCCAUUUUGCAUAGGUUUUCAACCCUGUACAUACUUUUUGUCGAUACAGCAUGUUAUGCAUGAAAUGUGCAUCUUGUCACACAUCACUCCGGUGAGGUGAGAGGGUCGAGCUCCUGAACAUGUGCUCAGCCACAGCGGCUCUCAACGUUGCAUGACUGCCAUCCAUCCACUCUUCG